CAGAGGUGAAGCCUGGGACGCGGCUUGUCUCCGCCCCGCGGUGCAGCUAGAGGGGUGUGCUUUGGGGGCUUAGGGAAUAGCUAAGGAAGAGGAGGGCCCGGGGUCGUGCCGCAGUCUGCCCUUCCCUAGCUUUUAGGCACUAAGCGUGCACGAGCCCAAAGGUGAUUUUUUCCUUGGGCCCAAUAUGAUACUAACCAAAGCCCAGUACGAGGAGAUAGCCCAGUGCCUAGUGUCUGUACCGCCCACUAGGCAGAGCCUGAGGAAGCUGAAGCAGAGGUUCCCCAGUCAAUCGCAGGCCACUCUGCUGAGCAUCUUCUCCCAGGAGUACCAGAAACAUAUUAAGAGAACACAUGCCAAGCAUCACACUCCAGAAGCGAUUGAAAGUUAUUACCAGAGGUACCUGAGUGGUGUGGGGAAAAAUGGAUCAGCCCCCGUGCUCUUGGAGCUGGCCAAUGAGGUGGACUAUGCACCCUCAUUAAUGGCUCGGAUUAUCCUGGAGAGAUUUCUACAGGGGCAUGAACAGACUCCACCCUCCAAGUCUGUUAUAAACAGUAUGCUACGGGACCCUUCUCAGAUUCCAGACGGAGUUCUAGCAAACCAGGUCUAUCAGUGCAUCGUGAACGACUGCUGUUAUGGACCGCUGGUGGACUGCAUCAAGCACGCCAUUGGCUACGAGCAUGAAGUCCUGCUGAGAGACUUGCUUCUCAAGAAAAACCUCUCCUUCCUAGAUGAAGAUCAGCUGCGUGCAAAGGGCUAUGACAAAACACCAGACUUCAUUUUACAGGUGCCAGUUGCUGUGGAAGGACACAUAAUUCACUGGAUUGAAAGCAAAGCCUCAUUUGGUGAUGAAUGUAGCCACCACGCCUACCUGCAUGGCCAAUUCUGGAGCUACUGGAAUAGGUUCGGACCAGGCUUGGUCAUCUAUUGGUAUGGAUUUAUCCAGGAACUGGACUGCAACCGGGAAAGGGGCAUCCUGCUCAAAGCCUCUUUCCCAACAGACAUCGUCACCUUAUGCCACAGCACAGCUUGACCCCGAAGGUCCCGGAAGAGAAGCCGGAAGCAAUGUUACUUUCCUGCAGUAUAAACUGCUGGCAACAUCUGCCCUGAACUUCAGCUGAACCCUGCUGCUGCCGUCGCAGCCCUACCUCUCUACACAAACAUAUCAAGAGUUUCUGUUUUCCUUCAUCCCUGGGCGAUGUGAAUAGCCAAGAACUACAGACACAACCCACUCAUUAUCAGCAUUUCUGUCUCUGACAAACAGUUAGUUUAUAGAUAGUCAUAAUCUUGCUUCCUUCCGAAUGCUUUCUCCUUGUAUACUGAACAGAAGAGAAAGUAUGGAGACUGAAA